CAGCCAAGUGUAAUAAGCCUAUUAUUCUAAAAUCAUGAAUUCAUGUACAAGCAACGCGCAUGCGCAUUAAAAACAAUCCAAAAGAAUCGACAACGAGAUGUGGUACUACUAUUGAGCAUCAAUAGUUUUUAAAGAAUUUGCACAAAAUAGAAUCGCAAAAUUCAGAAACAUAUGAACCUGUCUUAUUUUAGUUACCACAAGCCAAUAGUUUCAGAAAUAGAAUUUAAUGAUGAGAAUUGAUUACUAAAAAUUACCUAUUUUAAUAUUAAUAUGCUUUUUUUAUUUAUUAUAAAUAAUGAAAAGCAGCAGAUAUUAAGCAUUUCAAACUUAUUAUUGGGGUAUUGAAAGACUUUUUAUUAUAAAUAAUUAAAAGCAGCAGAUAUUAAGCAAUUCAAACUUAUUAUUGGGGUAUUGAAAGACAAAAUAUAUUAUGUACCUAUUUAAGUUAAGAACUUGACGUGAAUUGAUAUUAUAUAGUUGAAUUCUAUAACUUUAUCGUUCAUAGCUAUGACAGGACACGCCCGUAGUAAUUAGUAAAUAUUUUCUUUAAUAAAAAUAAGUGUAUUAAACUUAAUAAAUACUAUCUAUGCUUUUAAGCCUUUAUCCUAAAAAACUUUCAGAUUGAUUAAUCGACGGGAACUUUUUCCACUGAAUUAAUCUUUAUACUUUUUUGGUUUUUAGCUUUUGUUUUGUCCACUAUCCUAGUAGUAAUACAUAAUUUGUAAACAUUACGAUUUUUUAAUUUAAAGAGUCAGUUGUCUCACAAUCCAUUGCGUUUGCGAUUUUGGAAAAACUACCAUAUCUUACUGUCAUUAAUUGGUUAAAUGUCAACGUCUUCAUAAUUUUAACACAACAUUGAACGAUUUGAAAUUUAAAUCCAUAUUUAUUAAAUUAUUUAAAUUCGGUCGUACACAAACGAUGUGCUUGUGAUUUAACCACAAACAGAUAAGAAAUCAUGUAUUCACCGCGACAAAAGCUUAUGUGGUUUGCGUUUAAUUCAAGAAUGAUAAUAAUUUUAUUGCAAGCUGUAUCGAAUCUCAUCAUACCUGAUCACGACGCUAAGGUUUUCGUCAGCCCGGAAGACCCCACUAUGUACAAAAGUUGGUUAGAUAAUAUAGUUGAUAAACUUUUUGGCGGUUUUAAAAGAUGGGAUGCUCAAUAUUUUAUACACAUUGCUCAGUAUGGAUACACGUAUGAGAAUUGUUUAGCAUUUUAUCCGUUUUACCCCUUGAGCGUGCGAUAUUUUGCCUACGGGCUAAAUAGCGCUAUUGGAACAUUUCUUAAUUUUCAUAGUUGCUUAUUAUUAUCUGCGACAAUAAUUAACAUCUGUCUGUUUUUGAAGUCUGCAGACAUCUUGCAUCAAUUAAGCUUGAGAAUCUUAAAAAGUGAAUGUAGAGCUUAUAAGUCUGUCAUAUUGUAUAGCAUUAACCCUGCAAGUAUAUUUUUUUCUGCUCCAUAUUCUGAGACACUAUUUGCUUGGAUGUCAUUCUACACAAUGUUGAAAUGCACAGACAGUGAAACAUUAAGGUUUGCUAAUAUUGAUAUAUUGAGUGGCAUACCUGCAGGGCUUUCAAUGAUUACAAGAUCAAAUGGUAUUGUAAAUUUGGGUUUUAUAUUUUAUACAAGUUUUAAGAAUGUUAUUGAAAGAACACUUCCUGAAAUUGUGUACAAAUAUAAGACAUUAAAGUGUAGGAUAAUACUUCCUUUGUUAUUGUUGCCUUUAUUCAUAUCAUUCAUGGCACUGGUCUUAACUAUAAUAAUUGCAAUUAUACCUUUUCUUUUGGUUCAAACUUACAAUUAUUUUAAAUACUGUGUACCUAGUGAACAUAAUUUACCUGAAUUUUUAAUAAAUGCAGACUAUGUUUUGCCUGGUACAGCUGAGAGUCCUUGGUGUAAUUACUCAAUACCUUUAUCCUACAGUUAUAUUCAAAGUCAAUAUUGGGAUGUAGGGUUUUUUAAAUAUUACAAAUUAAAGCAAAUCCCUAAUUUCAUUCUUGCUGCUCCUAUACUUAUUUUAUUAAAUUAUUAUUGUUUAGUGUAUUUUUUUAACAAUUUUAAGCUAUGUUUGAAACUUGGUUUAAAGUUCAGUUCAUUAAGUGGUUACUCAACUAAGAUUUCUUGCAGAUCAAAACAGUGUGCUAAAGGAUUUGGUGCAAAUGAUCCUGUUCUUUACUUAUAUGUGGUUCAUGUAUUUUUACUAUCUAUAUUUUGUAUUUUUUUUGUUCACAUUCAAGUUACAACUAGACUCCUGGCUUCCGCUAGCCCUGUAUUGUACUGGAUUUGUUCAAGUAAAUUAAAUGCUGGUCCUACUCCGACAUCUGAACAAAACACUAUUAAUGAACAUUUCCGUGAAAUUACAACAGGAAAGAAAAUUCCAUCACAUCAUUUGUCUAUUGCCAAUUUAGAGGGAUUAGACAACAUGUACAGCAAAUGGAAAACUUUUAUAAUAUCAAGAAAAAUGCUUGAUUUUCAAUCUCGCUUGAUACAGUAUUAUUUUAUAGGGUACUUUGUUGCUGGUACAAUAUUGUUUUCAAAUUUUUAUCCGUGGACAUAGAAAAUGUACAAUAUUAAAUAACAUAUCCUUUUAUGAAUCAAUUAUGUGAUUGUUUAGAAGCAUAUCAGAUGUUUAAUUAUUAAAACUGUUAUUCAGCAUAAAGAAUCAAAGAUUAGGUAGCAAGCAAUCUUAAGAAGUUUGAAAUUAAAUAGGGGACCAUAACUUAGGAAAUGUAGGCAAAUCUUAUGUUAAUUUUGAAUUCUCAAUAUUUGUUUUAAAUGUAUUCAGAAGGCUAUUAAUUCUAUACUAUUUUAAUACUAACAGAACAUUGUUUCACAAUGACCUUUUUUACAAAAAGGGUUGUGUUCUGGUGUUUAAGAGCAGUCUGAAAACCACUAAACCCACUUAAAUGAAUACAUGCAAGUAAACUUUAAAAAAAAAUCUUCAUUUUAUAUUUCGCUCUCAUGAUAAAUUAUAAAAUAGAAACAGAUGAGCUUUCAGGUAGUACACACAUAUUAUUUAUUCCAAAUUUAAUACUGGAUGAUAGAAUUGGAUAAUAGAAACCAUUAAGUAUGUUUUACUUUAUGCAAUAAGUUAAACAAUAAUUAUUGUGGCCUUGUAAUAAAAGUAAUUUACUUAGUUAAAAUUUAAGUUAUAGAUUGCAUAUCAUGGGUAUAUAUAUAUAGUUGAAUGAAUCAAAAUCAAAUAUAAGAUUGUAAUACUUUUCCCAAAGUAAUGCAAUUACAUAUCAAGGAGUGAAAUGUUAUUUGGUCUAAGUGACAUUUUACUUAAUACGCGAAAUUUAUCUUUGGAAUUACUCAUAAAUGUGCGUUUAAUUUGGUGUUAGCUUAUACAGUUCGAUAUUUUUAAUUGUACUGCAAUUAAGUUUACUCCAUUUAAUAAAUAGUUGAAGAUUUUUUUUUUAUAACAUUAUUUAUUUUAUUUUAAACU